CAGCGCAGUCCGAAAACAAAACCCUGCCGUCUCCCUCCUCCCCGGCGGCCUAUCUAGGGUUUCUUUGCCUCUCCGUUCCUCUCGCUCCACACGCGCUUCCUUCCAGAAGCUUCUAGAUACGUCCAGUCGGAGGAGGAGCUUCCGCCGCAGCAGCAGCCAUGGCGUCCACCAAGGUCCAGCGUAUCAUGACCCAGCCCAUCAAUCUCAUCUUCCGAUUCCUCCAGAGCAAAGCGCGCAUCCAGAUCUGGCUGUUCGAGCAGAAGGAUAUGCGGAUUGAGGGCCGUAUCAUCGUAAGUUCCUUCGCCGAUUUCUUGCCCAAAUUGGCAGAAUUUAGUCCUAUCAAUCCAUCUGCUUGCGUGCGAGUGUAUGUUAACAGUAAUGUAACUGCGUCUUGA